UUGGUUCAAGCCGGUUCGUCCGAAGCGGGCGCGUUUGCCUCGCUUUUUGAAGCGCAAAAAUGGGCGCUUCUUGCAACAAUGGCUGCUGUCAAGACCCACAGGGUCAAGCUCUGGAGGCGCAAGAUGUUGGGAUGCCACUCACAUUAAGUGGAAAAGCAACUGAAGAGAGACCGACGCAUGUGUUCGACCAUGGAGCAGCCUACACUGGGAGUUGGAGUGGCCAACGCCGGGAAGGCUACGGUGUCCAGGUAUGGCCAGACGGUGCGCGGUAUGAAGGAAACUGGAAGGACGACCAAGCACAUGGUUGGGGAAGGUUCAUGCAUGCAGAUGGCGAUGUCUAUGAGGGCGAAUGGGCCAACGACACCGCUCACGGGCAAGGUACCUAUCACCAUUCCGACGGGUCGAAAUAUGAAGGUCAAUGGGAACACGACCGACAACACGGGCAUGGUGUGGAACAUUGGGUCGAUGGUGCUCGCUACGAGGGAAGAUACACAGCCGGGAAGAAACAUGGCAAAGGCUAUUUCACCUGGUCCGAUGGCUCUUCCUAUGACGGAGAGUUCCUGUGCAACGACAUCCACGGCUUCGGGACCUACACCUGGGGAGAUGGGCGCCGUUACGAGGGCCACUGGGAAGGCAACCGAAUGCACGGAAGGGGGAAGUUCACUUGGCCAGAUGGAAGGGUCUAUGAGGGAGACUACAUCAACGACAUCAAGCAUGGUGACGGUGUCUUCAAAUGGCCGGAUGGCCGUGAGUGCGCAGUCGGGUGACAGAAAGUGACGGACCGUCGUUGAAGACGUCGCUGGGUUCGAAAAACACCUCUAUUUUGUUAAAGAGAAGUUCUUAGAAUAGAAAGA